UCUUACGACAAACUUUGAGGUUUGAAACAUUUAUUUCGUACAAAAGUCGUGAGUUUUAGGUGCUUCAGAAAGAAAUUUUACUUUCAUUUUGAUCCUUAUUUUAGAAGCUAAACCUGGUACAAGAUAGUAAUAAAGGACAUGAAAAUUGCCUUCUAUUCCAUUGCUCUGAUCUUCAUGUUUCAAUUAUUGCAAAUCCUCGAAAUUCAUGCUAAAAUUUCAUCGAUUAUAGUGUUUGGCGAUUCUACAGUGGAUUCCGGGAACAAUAACUUCAUCGCUACGGUUUUGAAAAGCGACUUCAGGCCUUAUGGUCGGGAUUUUGAUGGCGGUCAGUCCACAGGACGGUUUUCCAAUGGACGGGUUCCGACAGAUUUCAUCUCCGAGGCUUUCGGAUUGAAACCAGCCGUGCCUCCAUACUUGGAUCCAGCUUACGGUAUAAAGGAUUUUGCUUCAGGAGUUUGUUUUGCUUCAGCUGGAACUGGCUAUGAUAAUGCUACCUCUAGAGUGCUUUCUGUAAUACCUCUGUGGAAAGAACUCGAAUACUUCAAGGAAUACAAAACCCGACUAGAAGGCUAUCUGGGUAGAAAGAAGGCGAAGAAAAUCUUGAGAAAAGCUCUAUACAUUAUCAGUAUGGGCACGAACGAUUUCUUAGAAAACUAUUAUGUGCUUCCACACAGAUCAUUCCAGUUUUCUCCUCAGGGCUACCAGAAGUUUUUAGUUGGCAUAGCACGAUCCUUCAUUGCCGAGAUUUACCACCUUGGAGCACGAAAGAUAUCCAUAACCGGACUCCCUCCAAUGGGCUGCUUGCCACUGGAGAGAACACUAAACUGGGGACGUUGUGUAGCAAGGUACAAUUAUGUGGCCAGGGAGUUUAACAAAAAGUUGAAAGUAUUAGUUGAAAUACUGAACGACGAGCUUUCUGGAAUUCAGCUGGUGUUCUCAAAUCCAUACUAUGUUCUUUACAAGAUCAUUCGGGAUCCUCAGUCUUUUGGAUUUGAAACUGCAGCAACUGCCUGCUGUGGGACGGGAAGCUUUGAGAUGGGUUAUCUAUGCAACGAACAUAAUCCCUUUACAUGUACAGAUGCGAAUCAGUACGUAUUUUGGGAUUCCUUCCAUCCUACUGAGAAAACAAAUGGCAUACUAGCAGAUCAUGCUCUCAGAACUUCUCUUGCUAUAUUUAAAGAGAUUCCAAACUGCAGAAACAGCGUGUUGUGGGACGGGAACAUUUGAGAUGGGUUAUCAGUGCAACGAAUUUACUCCCUUUACGUGCACAGAUGCGAAUCAGUACGUGUUUUGGGAUUCGUUCCAUCCUACCGAGAAAACAAAC